AUGUCUGACGUGCACUGGUAUGGGCUGGAAACGUUAGAUGGCGAUCUCUUUCGUGAGGUAGGCAGGUUUUAUUCUGGGCCAUUUCAGUUUGUGGCUGCCUGGGAUGAUGAGGAUGAAUGCAGCCAGAUGCUGCUGGAGUUCUUCGGUGGCACUCGUCCUGCUGACGAGCUAAAUCGGCUGGUUCGGCGGCUGCUGGAUUGGCGUGCAUCGGUGGAACGGCGUGUAUCGCUUCCCAGGCAAGUAGCAGAUGUGGUCCCACGUAGGCCAGUCAAGUUCCCACGUCGGGAGCAAAGCAAAGAGGAGAUUUUCAGUGGCCUGGUGCUUGGUAGUCCGGCGCUAGCUUUGGUGCUGCAGAAGUCGAUCCGACAACGGAAGCUGAUUCAUGGAGCACAGGGCGAGAAUCGCGAGGCUCUGCUGCGUGAGAAAUGGGCUCUUGUGCUUGCGCAGUAUAUUGAGGAAGCUGGACUGCCUUGCGCUGCUAGGGUGGCUGCUCUGCCCAAUCCUCGGGCAGCCUGGUGUCGGCUAUUCGGCACUCGGCGUGGGAAGACGCUCCGCAAUCGUGCUCUGGCAUGGCGCAAGUUUCAUUCGUGGCUUGAGAUUACCUGCCUUUGUAGGCAACACGUUGGCUCCUUCAUGCAUUUGAUGUGGGAGUGUAGGAGUGGACUGGAUACCCCUGGCGUUCAGUUGGCAGAGAUGCUCCCUUUCCGUGUUGACUGCAACAUCAAGGGCAUCAACACUACAACGACAUCAUCGUGGCUUGAGAUUACCUUCGGCGAAAGCUGGCCGGGAGGAGUUGACCGCUUCGUAAAGUAUCUCACUGAACGACAUGAUAUUCAGCCAAUGGGAAAGACUGUACCAUCUUCACGUAUGGCAGCUUUAUCAGUGCUUGAGAGUGUUGGGCAGGUGCCAGCAAGCAGCAGGUUUUCGACGGAUCAACUGCUUAUGAGCACGAUCCAGUCCUGGACUGAAGAGCUCGAAACAGUGGCGUUGCCGGUCAGGAAGGCGCCUGCGCUUACUGUGGCUAUGGUGUUGUCAUGUGAGCUGACAGUCUGCAGGGUUACUCUUCCUGCGGGGCUACGUUUUCUUGCGUUUGUGCAGCUGCUCAUGCUUUGGUCGACUAUGAGGUGCGAUGAUGUGCAACACAUUGAUCCAUUUUCAGUCACUCUGUCGCAGAUCGGCUUGAAGUUCAUUCUGCGCCGGACAAAGACUAGCGGACCGGGCCGGCGUACUGGCGAACUGCAAGGAUAUGUGUCAAGAGUGAUUUGCUUGAGUGGUUUCGAUUGGCUCUUGGAAGGGUACCGUUUGCUUCAGACGUCUGAGCUGCACUGGCCGCGGGAUUAUUUAUGUCCAGCGAUGGAUGAAUCCUGGAAUGUUGGAUUUUCAUAUGUGGAGGCUCAGGAUUUGGCUGUACUUCUGCGUCGAUUGCAUAAGGAGCUUCGGGUGCCCUUGUGCCGCGAGGGCACUUGGGGAACAAGUGCCACGAAGCUGUUGCCCGGGUCGGUGGCCGCGUAUUGGACAGGUCAUUAUGCGCGGCAUACUCUGCCAACGUGGGCACUCUCGCUGGGUGCUGACAAAUCAAAGUGCGAUUUCCUUGGACGUUGGAGAUGCUCGCAAGGCGGCUCUUUGGAUUAUCUUACAACUGCUCGGCAGAUCGUGCAGGGACUACAGAACUUCGUUUGCAAAUCCUUGGUAGAAGGGACUGCAGAGGGUGGAUUGAUUGAGGAGGAGCUCUUUCAGUCUAUCCAGUCUUUUGCAGACGCAGCCGGGCAGGAUGGCAUUCAAGUGAUUACGUGGCAUCAGGUCCUCGAGUGGACCGAUUACACAUGGAAGCUCGGAGGCAUUCACCCCUUGCUGGCGGUGGGUCCUGAGCGCUACGAGAUUUCGCGUGGACGCCUGGAAGCUGAGUUGCCUGCUGAAGAGAAGGAUGCUGGGGAAGAAGAAUCUUCGCUUCCGGACAUGCCGUUCUUUGUGACAAUUUCUCGCUCUGGGUUCCGCCGUUUGCAUCUCUCCAAGGCCUGUGCAGUUCGACAGGAGCGCUGUAUGGAGACUGUGGGAGUGUCAAAGAUCUCGGAGGGCGUUGCUGAUGCGAUCUGCAAACUCUGCCAGCCUAAGAUAUCAGCGGCGCAGGAGUCUUCCAGCAGUGGAUCGGAAGAUUCGCUGGCUCCAGGGAAUGACGGGCAUGGCGGGAGGCGCGCUGGUCCACUCGAUUACCCCAAUGGCAUCGAUGAGGCAGCGGCUUUGCGGCAUCUGGACGUGGAGGUGGCAUCGGAUCUGCGGCAUAUCUUCCAGGAGUGCGGGGUGCCUCUGCCUUUGCAAUACCGCUUGAGCAUCAACUUUCGUACUGUGAGACGCUUUGCGAGUUAUGCUGAUUCAAGGGCUGAAGUUCGGGCUGCUCUUCGGACUGAUCACACUCUGGAUGCUACGGAUCAAGCUUCCCGGGCCGUGGUGGCCUCUGUGGUAGCUGCUUGGGAGGCUUCCAAAGAGUAUGCUGGCAAGGAGGCAUCGCUCAAAGCAGAAGCGCGGGUCUUAGGUGUGGUGCGGCCGGUGACACAGACAGAGAAGCAGGCUAUGCGUGCAGCUUUCGAGGCUGUUCAUGGAUCCAUUGAAGAGACCUACGAGCCUUCGGAGGAGUACUUGUCAGCCAAGAUAGAGGAGGUCGAAUCUGGUGAAGUGUCGGCUUCACCGCUUUCGGAGGUGAUCUCAAAGAAGCGGGCCAAGACGCAGGGCAUUCAAACCAGUGUGGACACGACGGGCGAACAUAGCAAGUAUCGGAACCAGGCCAUGUUCCGUGGCAUGACUCCAGCAGUGUGGCUGGACUAUGUCAACUACUUGUUGGGUGACAAAGUCUACUUGAUGCAAGUCCCGACUCCCGGGGGAAAGGGCAAGGGUGAUCAACAACCACUUCGUCCUCCGUGGCAGGUGCUGCUCACAUAUGAGUAUGAGAUGCGUCGCGAAGCUGUCAAGAAGGCCUUCCGUGAGUCGCGGGCACUGGUGGAUACAUUGGCAGAGGUUCAAGGAAAUGCUCAGUUGAAAGAGCAAUUCUUCGUGUCCCCCAUUGCGCUCCAGGGUCGCAGUGAGCCUGCUUGGAAACGUCCCUGGCAACCCGGUGGCGAAUCGGAAGCAGCCUGGGGAAAAUCCUGGGACAAGUGGCAGAAAGGAAAUCGCAAGGGCGACUUCAAGGGUAGCAAGAAGGGCAAGGAGGCAAAGUCGGGCAAGAAGGGCAAGGACCGCAAGGGUGGUGAUCUUGUGACUCGCACGCCCGACAAUCGGCUCAUCUGUUUUGCUUACAGUGGGGCCGGCUGCGACGGGAGCUGUGGCAUGGUACAUUGCUGUCAGGUCCGCGGCUGCGGCAAGCCACAUCCCACUUGGCAGCAUUGGAUGGAGCAUCAUGGUGCUUCGCGGGCAACAGAUGGGGCUGGCGCGAAGAGCUGA